CUCUGGUGGUUAGAAAGUGCAAUGAAAAGUCACAUGAACACGCAACAUCGUUUCAAAGUGGAACCCUAAUGAGGACGAGAGGGAAAGAAAAUGAAUGAAUGAAUGAUAAUCAAUCAAAUCUCUCCGAAUCCAAACCAAUAGCAUGCAUGCUCGUCAAGGGCUAAUCACACAGCAUGUCUACCACAAGGGUUUAAAGCUGUGGAAAAGUUUCUCUAUAAUCAAUGGACGGUAUAUUUGUGUAAUCCAUACUGUGGCAGUUGUGCUUGAGGUGCGUCAUCCUCUGUUCUGUAACCAAUCACGUAUUCGUCUGUGUUUGUUUUUCUGUUCGAAUAAGAUAAAGGAUGGAAAUCUGCUGGAUGUCACGUUCAGUGCGGAUGAGUUCAAUCUUAAACUGUCCCAAUGAGAUGUUCCCUCCACGUCACUUCUUCCCUUUCGUCGUCUGAUGAGCUUCGGAGUCCCCUAAAUACCCACUUAAUCCUGAUGUUGUAUUCUUUAGGAAGCAUAAGUAACUCUAAUCACAGGACAUUGUUUCGCCCAGCGACAGUGACUUCCAUUUUUUUUUGACUGAUUAAACCGCACAGUGUGCCCGGUGAACAAAGAGCGUCUUGAUUGGGGCCUUAGCAUAUUCCUUGGACCAGGUUGCUCUCACCCUGCAGGAAUGCUGACUGUAACAUUCCGUGGUCAGUCCUGUUUAAAUUGCCUUUUUACCCGUUAGGCUUAAAGUUUGGAAAAAGAAGUGGAGCAAUAGACAAGAGAAUGGGCACAACGCAGAACAAGGAAGGAAAAACAGAGGCCUGCUACUUUUUGGGACUUUUAACACCACAGAACAAAACACACAUUGAGGGAUGGAGAAGCUUGACGUCCGUCAUGUAAUGCAGAGAGAUUUGUCUUGUCAGGCAGGACGUGGGGCCACGAACAAGAGACUACUGUUAGGGGCUUCUUCGUAAAGCCACAUUAGUGCAGAAGGUAUAAUGGACUGCAAUUUGGAAGACGUAGACCGACUUUGUGAAGCGACCCUGGAGAUUGAGUCUUCCCAGUACAGAGUCAGUUAUUCUCAUGGGGGUAACAAGGCAGAUUGUGCUAAAAAAGACGAGUUCAACAAAAAGAGUCGCUCUGGCAACAAUUCAGGCAGAGUCAAGCGAGUCGUGUCUUCUAAGAGGAAGACGCGUCAUUUGGUGGUGGCUCGGAAGAAGGCCCAAGGCUCGGGCAAGACACACGAUGCGGCAAAGAAAGACGACAAGGUGACUGGCACAAGGGAUAUUCAGCGGCAGAUGUUUGCCAUGGACCCUCAGGAGUUGACGGCAAACAGUAACCACAAUACACGGAGGACAGGUUCGCAACAGGAUGAGUUCUUGAAACUUGAUGAGCUCUCAAGGGAUCACAGCACAAUAACUGAGGUGCUCCUUGGAAGAAAACUGAGACUCAAAGUGGCCUUAACACUGUGGAAGAGACAUUUUGGAGAGUUGAUAACAUACUUCCUGAGAAUCCAAGAUACCAGCGUCUUCGUUGACACGCUCCCUCUGAUAAGUAAACGCAUGGCUGAUGACGCUCCCAACAUCACCAUCGGCUGUUGCGUGGACCUGUUCCCAUUGGUUCACCAGCUCCUCAUCAGUCCCUACGAAGAAUAUGUCACUGUUGGUUUAAUGUGGAUCAAUUCCGUUUUGAAACGUUGGUGGGAAAAGCUUACAGCGAGUGGCUGCACUGGAUCGACUGAUUCGCCUUUGGAUAAAAACUUCCCCGUCUUUAAUAAGCAGUUGCUGGAGUUGUGGCAUCAAGAGCCAAAACUGAAGUCUUUUCCUGGAGCUCCUGGAGAAAUGGCAAAGGUCAUCGAUUCCUUCCUGUCUCAACUUACUUUCCAUCCAUGAAGAGCCAGAAUAUGGACGUUCCUCAAGUACAAAUCCAUCCCUUGAGGUUCUGAAAAUGUGUAAUGGUCUCAUGUAAUCCUAAACACAAACAGAUUUAUCAUUCUGUAGUUAUAAAAUCAGACAAGAAACGU